UUCUUCUCUUGUUCUUCAUUUUUUUCUCCAACAAUCGAUGAAGAAAUUGCAGCAUCCCACUUCAAAUUCGGUGACGCUCCAAAUCCUUCUACUCUCAAGCUGCUCCUUCCUUCUGUUUUUUUCUUUUCUCGGCCUCAAAAUCGAUGAUGCUCCAUAUUGUCAAAGAGGGGACAGAUCUAGUCACGAGUUUUAUCAUGGUGGUAGUGGGUGGUAAUCGACACCAGUUUCGAGAAAGAAGAGUUAGAAGACAAUGAAGGUAGAGAAGAAAGUGAAGAAAGUCGUAAUUGUAUAUAUAUAUUGAGAUUACCACACUAUACCAUAUGGUAAUGUGUCCAUACCAUAUGGUAAUGUGUCCAUAUCAUAUGGUAAUG